UUCUUUUGCUUUGUGUGAAUUUGAAUAAAAACUAGACUGAGCCACUAAAAUUGCUAUACUAAUGUCAUAUAAUAGAAAUGUAAUUACAGGGAUUCAAGUUCCAUACUGAAAUUCAAUUUUCAGUGUUUUGGGUAUUAGUAUUAUAGAUCAUUUGUCCUUGCUCAAGAAGGUAAAUUUUCUGUGCAGUCAGAUCUUCAACAAGCAAAAGGAUGCCGGAAUUCUGAUAAUAUUCAGAGCAUCUUUUUCAUAGUGCAGAUAACAGGUGGCCUGCUUGGUACCAUGUUGUGCCAUGUUGAACCUAUCCAAGAAACCCUGGCAGUAAUCUGAGGGCUGUUUCAGCCUGCACAUUUGUACCACAAAGACAAGAAAAAAGCAACCUUUGAUAUUUGUAUUGUAAUCCAAAGGGGAUAUUGUAGAUUUAACUGUACAGCAUUCACUGCACAGUAAACCAGCCUCAGGCAUCCUAAAUAGCCAAAGCUCAUUUUCUAUCCUUUCAUUAAAAGCUGACGUGUCUCUCGCAUCUACCAUCUGGAACUUUUUAUAACAUCCCCUAAUCGACGGAGCCGCUCUAAUCUGAAUACGUGACACCGAAAUAGUAUGCUUCCUGGCUCAGGUAAUGGCACUGAGAUAAUCAUUGUGUUAUUAAAAUGACACAAAAUAAAGUAACUCGCUGCCUUAUUAAAGUCCUGAAGGGUUCAAAGCGGCUGAUUUCACCGCAGCUGCUUCUCUUUCUGUCAGUCGUUCUGCCAUAGAUGAUGAUCGGUGUAAUAUUCAGGUGCAUGGGAAGCAAAAGGCCUUGUUAAAUAUUUUAUCAUGGCAAAACUAAAGCGCACAGCUUUUAACAUCCUGACGCGGUGUUUCAGCGAGUUAAGAGUAGUGUUUCCACUGUGAGCAUGUACUUGCAGCAGAAACUGCAGGGGUUUCUUUUCGUGGUGUAUAAAAGCCCUGUGCUGUGCUUUGUGUGGCUGCCAUCUUUCUGGAAAAGGGCCAUAUAGCAUCAAAUUCCAAUAAGACAUUACCAGUGUGAUAUAUGAAGCUAAAGGAAAUCCCUCAGCUGUAAAGUGAAAGGUGACACUUUGUUAAUUGUGGGGAAUAGAUGCACACUAACAGCACCCCAAUCAUAAGCAUUUCAGGAGUGUUAUAAUAAACAUACAUAUUUUUCUCUAAUUAAUGAUGAAAAAUGUAUUUUUAUAUUUGUAUUGUAAAUAAUUGUUUAAAUUAAAAUGAGUAUGCCUUUCCUAUUUAAGAGCCUGGGCCUUACAAAACCUGCUACUUUAGGUUCUACUUUAGCUGAUAUGAAAUGUUCAUUUUUUAUGAAGUCGAUUCCAGUUGAAAAAAUGCUACUUCUCACUUUUUCAUUAUGCCUUUCAUUAAUUUCAAUGAUUUGCUGCCAAUCUGUACUUUGCUUGAUUGAAUGAUAGAUUUACAAUCCCCUGAAUUUCAAAUUCCCAUCUUUCCUCCGUUGACAAAACAGCAGCAUGUUGCAGGAGCAGACCAGUACCCCAGCUGACUUCACAGGCGAAUAGCCCCUUGUGUGGCGAGGCGAUGAUUCGUGGGCAUCCUGUUUCUCUUGGUCUGCUGCUGCUAUGUGAUAGCUGGAGUUUUAUUCCGUGUCUCAGUCAGCAGACAUGCUGCCUCCCCUGCCAAACAUUAGGUGCUGGCCUUACAGCAAAGACGGCCAGAGGAAAAAGCUCGCUGCUAUCUGCAUCUGAGUUCAAUUGGGGUUGAACGCUCAUCAUGUAGAUCUUGAGGAAUGAAACCAAGAACUGUUAGAUUACUUGUCGAGGCCACCUUUAAUUUCUUCUUUGGAGUUAUUAGUUACCAAGAGGCUUGCUAGCAAUGUUCCCAAUAAUCUUUCUGGUGAUGCUGCUUCCCAAAGGUGAGUCAAACUUAAGCCUGUCUUCCUUUGAGGGAAAAAAGAGACCUCUCCAUUUUGCUUUUAAUUCAUUAGACUAGAUUAUAUUAUUUAACUCAGGUUUACAUUAUUUUUCAUAACUGUAUAAAGUCACAAAUGCUUGCACUUUUACCACCUAUAAUAGUUUAAAAUAUUUUCUUCACGUGGCCUUAAAAUGCAUUGUUUUAACAAACGGCAAGAAAAAGUAAACCAAUCAUUUGUGACUAGAAGGAGCUAAUUUAACCUCCUGCAUGUUGACAGAUGACCACUUGUGUCUUCUCUCAGUGAUUCACUCUGCUCAGGGUCACUAUGCCCAGAAACUCCUGAAUGAUUUGAUGGAGAACUACUCCAGUGCCCUGCGGCCUGUGGAUGACACAGACAGAGCCCUCAACGUCACCCUGCAGGUCACCCUCUCUCAAAUCAAAGACAUGGAUGAAAGGAACCAGGUGCUGAUUGCCUACCUGUGGAUUAGGCAGACGUGGCAUGACGCUUACCUGAAGUGGAAUAAGGAGGACUAUGAUGGACUGGAUGUGAUCCACAUCCCUAGCAGCCUGGUGUGGAGGCCUGACCUCGUCCUCUAUAAUAAAGCUGAUGAUGAUUUCUCUGGGCCCAUGGACACCAACGUGAGGCUGCGCUACAAUGGGGAGAUAACCUGGGAUGCUCCUGCCAUCACCAAAAGCUCCUGCGUGGUGGACGUCUCCUACUUCCCCUUUGACAGCCAGGAGUGUAACCUCACCUUUGGUUCCUGGACUUACAAUGGCAACCAGGUAGACAUCAUUAUGGGCAUGGACAGCGGUGACCUGUCAGACUUUGUGGAAAAUGUUGAGUGGGAGUGCCGUGGAAUGCCGGCCACCAAGAAUGUAAUAAUGUAUGGUUGUUGCUCUGACCCGUAUCCAGACAUCACCUAUACAGUACUCCUGCAGCGUCGCUCCUCCUUUUACAUCUUCAACCUCCUCCUCCCCUGCUUCCUCAUCUCCUUCUUGGCCCCUCUGGGCUUCUAUCUGCCUGCAGACUCUGGGGAAAAGGUUUCCCUGGGGGUGACAGUUCUUCUAGCUUUAACGGUGUUCCAGCUCAUGGUGGCUGAGAGCAUGCCGCCCUCAGAAAGUGUGCCUCUGAUAGGGAAGUACUAUAUCGCCACUAUGACAAUGGUCACAGCCUCCACAUCUCUCACCAUCUUCAUCAUGAACAUUCACUUCUGUGGUGUGGAGGCCAAACCAGUUCCACACUGGGCAAAAGUCCUCAUCAUUGACUACAUGUCAAAGAUUUGUUUUGUUUAUGAAGUGGGUGAGAACUGUGCCUCUGCCUCCUCUUCGUCUUCUCGCUCCACCCAGGAUGAAGUCCGUCACCAGCAGUUCAACACUCACAUUCAUUCAAAUGGUAAACCUGGUAGGCAAAGUAGCCGAGAGGACCGGCAUAGCGACAAGUAUCCCAGGUCCCAGAGCUCCAAGCUGCAGCAACAUCCAAGAGUUCAGCACCACAUCACCAGAGAUGAGAGCGCCCACAUAUCUACUUUUGAACCCGGAAAGUAUGAAAGCUCUAAUGGUAAAAUUCAGAUAAACGACUACUAUAAAGAAGACCAUAAGGUGCUGUAUUGUUCUGAGGACCAGAAGAUUCCCUGCUGCCCUGAGGAUAAAAAGCCUCUACCUCAGGGUCCCACUGUAACCUUUGGCCCCUGUGUCUUCUGCACCCAUGGCAGUGGCUUUGCUGGUAUGGACACUAAGCUAGUGCGCAAUGUUGAGUACAUAGCAAACUGUUUUAGAGAGCAGAGAGCCACGUGCGCCAAGGGGGCAGAAUGGAAAAAGAUAGCUAAGGUCAUGGACAGAUUCUUCAUGUGGAUUUUCUUUAUCAUGGUUUUCCUCAUGAGCAUCCUCAUCAUCGGUAAGGCACCAUGA